AUGACAAGACACAUUGGAAUAAAACACGCGAAACAUCUGCGACGACCGGUAAAAACGAGCCUAAAUGGCAUGGGCAAAAUAUUUGGAUCGGAGUCCAGGCGAUCCGUGUCCUUGGUGCCUAUGUCCGUCAUUAAAGAACAGUUGGGUCCUUAUUGGGAAGAUAGAUGUUAUAGGCAAAUCGCUUUCAAACUGUGCGUCAUGGGAAUUCUCAAGGUGUACGGCGAGUCGUGGGAACUCCCGGGGAGCCCAACCAUCCCUAACCCGUUUGCAGAUUUUAUUGUAGAGGAGGAGCCGUCAUCACGGAUACCACCCAAAAUCCCUCGCGUUAUCCCGUCCGAGGAGUUACAGCCGUUACAGGUGGAAGAAAAUAUAGAAAAUAUAGUAGUGGAACAAACUACACCCGGACUUUGGCGAAAGGUGACCUGUGGGUUGAUGUUGUUAGUGCUUUGGAGGUCAAAGCAUAGGAGUGGUGUAGCGGCCAAUCUGACAACGGAGGAGUGGGAGGCCAGGAGAACAGACUGCAGCAACACCGUACUGACCGUGGCCAAACACAAGACCGGAGACAAACAACCGGCCUCCAUUGUUUUGAAUGAAAACAUGGUGGAAUACAUGCACCGGUACUACGGUCUACGCCACCGCGUCACGACACGGGCAUGUCAGUUUUUUAUCACAAACAGCAGGUGUGAACUGGUUGUUAAGCUUUACGAUGAAAUAAAUAAAAAUUACAAGUGCAAGUUGUCGGCCUGCUUUUUCAGAAAAAUGGUGGAAACUGAAUCCAUGGGCCACGCACCUGAAACCAGCAAAAACAUUGCAAAAUCGCUGCAGCACUCAGAUGUGGUGGCUGAUUUUUUUUAUAGGUUGCCGGGCACACAGGAGGCCAUCCGCCGGCAGAAACACAUUGACCUGGUCGAUCAGACUGCCAUGUUUGAGGCGGAGACCUUGGAAAACUUCGUGGAGGUAUUUGGAAACGAGCCGUACGUAAAUAUGACUGAUGAAUGUGUGAGGGAAAAACUUGACGGUUCCGAUGCCCUCCACAAACAUCCAGGUGCCGUCAUAACGGAAUCGCACGCUAUUGUAGAUAUAACCAAACAGAAGAGAAUCAUCUACUUUUUAAAACAACAUAAAGAAACAAUGAUAAACAGCAUUUUAAAAAGGUUCAAUAAGAAAUAA